AGUGCCUUCCUCCUCCAGAUCAAGGCUCAGCUGGAGUCCAGGCUGGCCAGACAAAAAGGGCAAGACGCCUCGCCUCGCCUUCUGGUGGACUUCUUCUGGAGGCAAGAUGCGGAGGCUCCGCCGGAGAAGCCUAGUCUCUGGACCACUGCAGCCCCCCUCCUUCUUCCCCUUGCUCUUCCUCCUCUACUGCCUCUGCAAGGGACAAUGCAGCUCAGGUUUUCCUCAACCUUUUGCUGGCUACCUAAGCGAAUCAGACAUUCCUAAAAAUGAGAGACUGGCCCUGUGUUUCAGUCAGUGGAUAGAACUGUCUGACCAACCUCAGGUCUCCAGUUCUGUUAUGGAUCUAUGUAACUCCAUGUUUGAUAGCCUGCAGAUCGAUGAGGAAAAUAAUCAGGAAAUAUAUAAAAGGUUUCUAUUUCACUACUCCAGAGCUCAAGACCCAACUUAUCCACUUAAAGCUGGGGAAUCACAGGUUGCUGCUGCAGAAUUUACAAAGAAGGAUGGUUUGGAUGCCUUGGGACGACCCUUUUUUCUUUUUCGGCCUAGGAAUGGAAGGACUGUGGAUAAUGGAGGUGAAUAGACUAAGCAAAAGACUCCAGUGGAACCUGAAAUCCUUGGCUUGGCCUCUAUGCUGCAUCACUUUAUACCACAAAAACAGAUGUUGGAUUAUGACUAGUCCCUUGUUUUAAGAGACGUGCUUCUCUACUAUAUGAAGUCAUAUAUAAUAA